UGCGUGAACAGAAGGGGAGGAGGGCACCACGAGGCAACGCUUAUAUCUACGCCGUGCUACCUGGAUAGCAGAACAAGGCCACGACUCGUCAGAGCUGCUUGGUGACAGGAAAUAAAUAAAUAAAUAAACAAAACGUUUGUUGUAACAAUAUGUUUUCAUUUCGAUUCGGUGCAAAAAGUGCUACUUUUUUACUGACUUCAGGCAAGAGGAGCCAGGCAGCGUAUUAAAAGCUACCGGGGGAGACUUUAACUAUAUUGUUGUCUUUGUAAUUAUACUGAAAGCCUUUGUCAGUCGCAGUUUCCGAUAUGAACGUUUCCGUUUUAAACGCGGACAUGAACGUUUCAGAAGUUUUCCACCCGCUGACGCCGGACAACAGCUCCUCGCGUGGACUGCGCCUUGAUUACCGGUCUCUCAUCACCUCAGCCACGAUGUUUGCCGUCGGUGUCCUCGGCAACCUCGUGGCUAUCGUGGUACUCUGCAUUUCCAAGAAAGAACAAAAAGAGACGACAUUCUAUUCUUUAGUUUGUGGCAUGGCCGUCACGGAUCUUUUGGGCACCUGUUUUACGAGUCCAGUUGUUAUCGCUACAUACAUAGUAGGCAGGUGGCCAGGCGGCGCGCUGCUGUGCCAUCUCUUCUCCUUUUCCAUGCUGUUCUUCGGCUCUGCUGGAAUGUCGAUCUUGUGCACCAUGUCAGUGGAACGAUACUUGGCUAUAAACCACGCGUACUUUUACUCCAAGCACGUGGACCGGACUAUGGCACGAUUUGCUCUGCUGGUCGCCUAUUCUGCAAACAUCGUACUGUGUGCAAUGCCAAGCUUUGGGUUCGGGAAGCACGUGAAGCACUUCCCAGGAACCUGGUGUUUUCUGGACUGGCGCGCGUUGGACGCGCUCGGUGCCUCUUAUUCGUUUCUUUAUGCAGGAUUCAUGCUGGUCUUGAUAGCCGUGACUGUCGUGUGCAAUUUCGCCGUUUGCCGCUCCCUUGUGAGCAUGAGCAAGAAGGCGCGCGUUAUAAGGGCAGAAACGUCCGGGCACGCAGGUUCCAGGCGCGUGUUCUCCAAAUUACCGUCGGUCACAUCAGCUGCAGAGAUACAGAUGUUUUGGCUUUUAAUUUUCAUGACCAUCGUGUUCCUCAUUUGCUCCAUCCCCCUGGUGGUGCGCAUCUUUGUUAAUCAGAUAUACGGCCCUGCUUAUAUAGCUGCGGGGGGACAUCCGGAUUAUCGAAGUGAUCUUCUAGCCAUUCGUUUUGCUUCCUUUAACCCAAUAUUGGAUCCAUGGGUGUACAUUCUGUGCAGAAAAAGUCUGUUUACUAAAGGUUGUGAGCGAAUCAAGCGCACCGUUGGCCUGAGUGGAUCGCAUCAUACGCGCCCUUUGGCUUGGGCAGGCCAGCACUCGCCGCCAUCAUUUGCACAUAGCAACGAAACAAGUUACGUUUCGUUGCGCACAGCUACCUGUAGAAAUGCCGCCGGAAAACAUAGCACGGCGAACACGAAAUCAUAUGUCGACCUAACCCUUCGCCAGACAUGGGACUUUGACAGCACACUGGACAACUUCCAUCCGUUCAGCGUCGAACAAAACGAAGGCAACCAGAGCGAAGUAACAUCUAGUUUGAAACCGACGCCUGCCGACGCAGUUGGGUACGUUCAAGAAUCACCAUCGUCCUGUGCUCAGCGGACUGCCGAAAAAAUGGAUAGCAGAGAUAGUCACCUCAACAAAACAGAGAUAGUCACCUGUACGUUCAGCACACCAAGUUCCUGUCUGUCAGAAAAGUGUGUCUAAAAAUGGACUUUGUACUUGGACGUCUGUUAGUUCGUAUGGCAUUUGUCCUUUCUUACUGUUAGCCUUUUUGUCAAAAUAUCUUUAAUGUCAAUAACGUACUUAUUGUACACGUCGUAGUUUUCAGAAAGGUAAAUUCUAUGAAUUUAUAUACUUUUGAUAUCAAACGACCCAUUUAUAAGGGUCAGAAAGAAGUAUUUCCAAUCAUAUAAGAUUUUUUUAAUACUCCAUUUGUGAGUAUUUAAAGAUUUAUUUAAGGACCUGUGGCUUGGUACUGAUGUAUAAUGUUGGUUUUGCAUGCUGGGUCAUAUUUCACAACUGUGAACUAUGUACGGAAA